CAUACUUCAUAAUUCUUUGACUAAGUGAGGAUACAAACAGAGACUGUGAAUAAAUAAGUUUGUUAUUACUAAAUUAAUAGUGUCAAAAUGCGUUUCGAGUGGCCUACCGUUACUAGAUGUUGUUUUUGUUUUCCACUGAGGAGGGGUAUUAUCACGUUUGGAUAUGUGACCCUUGUAGAGUCACUGCUGAUGGUGGCAGUGCAAAGCUACCUGGUUCACGACGGCUCAGCUUAUCUAGGAUUUGAGAGCAAUAGUAUAAUUGAUUAUCUUCCGGCAGAAGUGUGCUUGACUAUAUAUUUGAUAAGGCUCGUAUUUAAUGCCUUACUUUUAUAUGGAGCACAUAAGCAAGAGUUACUCUACAUCAAGAUAUUCUUCUACUACUCCAUAGCGGAGACGGUAUCCCUGGUGGUGAUGGUGGUUCUGGAGUGCACCCGCAUUCACUGGAGAUUUGUGAUUAUAUCGGCAAUGUUCUCCUUCUUCGCAUCGAUGUGCAUGCAAGUAUACCUGCUGAUCCUCAUCUACAGUCUACUCUGCAAGGUGCGCGGCGCGGGGCGGCACGAGUGUGAGAACCACAUCACGGGCGUGGUGCUGGGCGGCUACAGUGGAGCGGCUCUCGGGGACCACGAGGAGCUCUGUCAGUAGAUGACGUCAGAGGGGUGGUGCUGGUCUACAGCGGGGGCUGCGCAGGGGGGGGGGGAGGAGCUCUGUCAGUAGGUGACGGCUGGUGGGAGUGUGAGCGGCCACCCUGAGUUGCGAAUCUCACAGGUGUACAAAAGAGGUGUAUGCGAAAAGAAGAAUGAUAGUGGCAGAAGAACGGGGUAUUGACAAGAUUAUG